ACGGACAUCAGAGGACGUUUCUUUUCUGUGAGAGCAAUUGAUAUUUGGAAUCGUUUACCAGAGUAUACAGUGUCUGCCGAAUCUGUUGCUGCAUUUAAACACAAUCUCCACACUGCCUUAGGCCAGAUUUUGUUUGAUUUUGAUUAGUAAUCAAUCAUUUUUCCCUCUAUUUCUGGGAUCACUAAUAGUUGGUUGUGUCGUUGCCUGAGUGUGUCCUUUCGGUGUUGCUUGCUAGUCACCAGCCAAGUAGAUAAUACUACUGCCAGAUUUAUGGAGUUUUGAUGGUAGAUGUACAUGCCAUUUUAGUGAUGCCACAUUAGCCAACUAAAUUGAAGUCUGCAUCAAGAACAUCUCCGGAAGUCGUGGUUGGAGGCAUCACUUGAUUCUAGAUGGGGGAAAUCCCAUCUAGGUAAGAAUCUAGAACAGUGACAGAGAGGCGGCGAGGCAAGGCGAAGCGAGGUGAGGUGAGACAAGACAGCAGGAUGGUGGUAGUGGUGUUUCACAGGAUCCUGCCUGGGUCAAGGUUCUCCCAGAUCACCAGAUUGUUGUCCACCAAGGCAGCCUCCAUCAGUGGUAGUAAGGUUGAAGUACUGGGGAGGGAAUACACCGGCGACCACAUGACCAAUGUCACUUCCCACCUGCUGUCCCACAUUGGCCGGGACCUACACCUGCAGCCCUACCACCCCCUGAGGCAUGUGGCCCAGCGCGUCACUCAGCACAUGUACUGCCAGUACGUGUCGCCGCGCGGCAACCCGCUCUUCUCGGUACACAGUCAGCUGCACCCUGUGGUCACCACUCACCAGAACUUCGACUCUUUGCUCAUCCCCAAAGACCACAUCAGCAGGAAGAAGUCAGACAACUUUUACAUCAAUGAAACUCACCUUCUUCGAGCUCAUACCAGUGCACACCAGAGUGAGCUGAUCAAAAUGGGGUUUGACAACUUCCUUGUAAUUGGAGAUGUGUAUCGCCGCGACUCCAUUGAUGCCUCGCACUACCCUGUCUUCCACCAGCUGGAGGGUGUCAGACUCUGCACACUGAAGGAGCUGUAUGGGACACACCAAAACAUGGAUGCCUACCACCUCUUUGAGAACGGGGAGCGCACUGAACACCACCAGGGAGUGCACACUGCAGAGGCUGCACGCAGGAUGGAGGUAGAGCUGAAGGGGUGUCUGCUGGGCCUGGCCACCUCCCUUUUUGGCCGGGACACUGAAGUGCGGUGGGUGGACGCUUACUUUCCCUUCACUCACCCGUCAUGGGAGCUGGAAGUGCAGAUUAACGGGGAAUGGGUGGAGCUGCUCGGCUGUGGCAUCAUGGAGCAAGAGAUCCUUGCCAACGCUGGAGUGCAGGACAAGAUAGGUUGGGCCUUUGGGUUGGGUCUGGAGCGCUGGGCCAUGAAAUUGUAUGGCAUCCCAGACAUCAGGCUCUUCUGGUCCACUGACUCAGGCUUCCUCUCUCAGUUCAGAUUUGAUGACUCGGCAACUCCAGCCAGUUACAAGCCUGUGAGCAAAUACAACCCAUGCAUCAAUGACAUCAGCUUCUGGCUCCCCAAGGAUCAAAAGUACGAAUCAGCAGAUUUCUAUGAUCUUGUACGCUCAGUUGGCGGCAGUCUGGUGGAGCAGGUUAGUUUGGUGGACAGCUUCACCAGCCCCAAGAAGCAGCUCACCUCCCACUGCUACCGCAUCGUGUAUCGGCAUAUGGAGCGAGUGUUGACGCAGGAGGAGGUCAACGAGGUGCACAGGAGGAUUGAACAAAAGGCAGCUUCCACUCUACAGGUGUCCAUCCGGUGAGAGUCAGCCAGCUGGCCUGCCAUCCUGCCAUCCUGGUGUCUUUUUACUAUAUUACCCUGCACAACUCCUUAAUAAGUGUGCUGCUGCUCUUUUCCUGAAUUUUCAAGUUGAAUGUAGUGUCAAAAACUAUGCCAGUGAUAAUUUAAAAGAAGCAAUAUUCUCCAUGAGGUAACAUUUUGUAAAGCUGUAUCAAUGUGAAAGUAAAAUAGCAAACUGUAUUGUAGAUAUAAUUAACUUGUACAGAAUGUGAUACGUACUUGUUACUGUUUUUUUUUAUGUAUAUAUAAAUAUAUAUAAAAAAAAGAAAAUA